AUGUUUAUGGAUGAUACAUAUCUUCUUUCAUUUUAUCUUCAUCCUCAGUACAAAGGGAUUGGUGUUAAUAAAAAAUAUUUUCCAAAAAUUUUAACUCAUGCUGCUAAUAUUUGGAGAGACCUUGAGCACAAACAAGAGUCAUGUAAAGAAUUGCUUGGCCAGUUACGUAAAUAUCAUCUUCAAAUUGAACCUUACAAUACAUUAUAUUCAACAAAUAUUGAUACACCAUACUCUUG